AUGAUAUCUAUGAAUGUAAACCGAGUUAAUAUAACCUUCGGAUCUGCUUUACCGGAUGGACAUGCUGUUCAAUUCUGGAGUACCGUGGAGCACCUGAAGGCCACGGGGUGGCCCACAUUUGUGAUAGAAGUAGGGUAUUCGGAGGGCCUGAGUCAAUUCCGAGCAGAUGGCCAAAAAUGGUUCCAUGACUCGCUGGGCGAAGUUCGGUUAGUGUUGCUGAUUCUCAUCAAGCCAACCCUCCGUCGCCUAAAGUUCGAGCUUUGGCAGCUCGCUCCGGUAAAUGCCCCCCGCCCUCUCACGCGCCAGUAUAUCAGCGCAUUGAAGGCGACGAACCAGCGCCCUCCGAUGGGGCAGCAGCUCGCUAAUCAGCAACCAUUCUGUAUGCAGAAUGUCGAAGUCGACACCGCACAGAACGGUAGAAACCGUGUUCAAGGUCCCUUGCGUCUGGAUUGUCAAGCACUUCUCGAUGAUCCGAACCCUCCCACUCCUAACUACUUUCUUGGAAAUAUGUUCUUCGAUUUCGUCACCCGAGAUUUUUGGACUUGA